AUGAAACAAUCGACUCCAUCUACUCCAUCUUUGUCACCAUUUAAUGGUAAAUCAAUUGUCCUCGAACUUGGCCAUGAAAUAGGCUUCAAAGCUAAACAAGAACUGAUCAACUUUUUACGAGAACAGAAAGCACAUAUUUCAUAUAUUCUUACAGCUAGUGAAACUAAUGAUAAUUCAGAUGUAUUUUUUGUUCUUGAACUCCAAGUUAUUCCUGAAACAUACUACGAUCAAACAACAAGCGAUUAUCGACUACGAUUUCGAUACGAAAAACGGAGUAUUUUUGACGAAGGUCAAAAACAAGAUAGAAAAGUCUUGAUACAAUAUGCGUUCGGCAAUGAUCCAAACGAGCAGCUACAAUUAUUUGCAUCAUACUAUUAUCGAGUAGCCACAAUGCCACGUGUAACACGAAUUCGUGAGAUGUUACCGGACAAAUUAGGAUCAAAACUAUUGUUACGUAUCAUCGAAGCCGAAGCUGCCCUACUCGAACUUAAAUUGACCAAUGAUCCGGCUGCAGCACUUCGUUUCUAUUCACUUAUUCCCCAUCGACCAGAAUAUAAUGUUGAUCUCAUAAAGAAUCGUCGAACAUUGACCGAAAAAAUAGAUUUAUGCCAAGCAUGUCUAUUUCAUUCGAAUAUUUCACUUAAUCUUCUUUAUCAUUCAGAUGAUUCGAGAUAUGAUAACAUGCGACCGUAUACCUUCAGUGGUUUGGCCAUGCCAAAAAUGGUCGUUGAAGAAUUGGGUGUCGUACGUACUGAUAUUGGCUGUCUCGGUUAUGGGAUAUAUUUUUCUGAUUCUGCUUCUACAACUCUGAAAUAUACGACAGCAAGUACAACACGACCAGGUCGACGAUUAUUGUGCAUCUGUCAAGUAGCGCUAGGCGAAUCGGCUAACUAUUAUUCAUUUUCACCGACUCUUACUAAACCUCCCGAUGGUUUUCAUAGUACGCAUGGAGUUAAACGAAUGGAAGAAAAUCAUUCAAUGUUUACUGAUAACGAAUAUGCGAUCUAUCAGCUCGAUCAACAACGUCUACUCUACAUUGUGGAAGUGUCAUGGACACCAAAUGAUGCUCUCAAUAUUGAAUUAGAAAGAUUACCGAUUAUUCACCAUCAACAACAUACAUUACAAUUGAGUGAACAAGUCAAAGUUCCGUUGACAAUCGACGAUGAAGUCAUUGAAGUAGCUGAACAAGACUAUGGUUUAAUAUGUCCAUCGUCAGGAAAACUCGUACCACUUAAAUCAUUUCAUGUUCGUGCUCAAAUUGUUGAUACUACAGUUGAAGUUGUUCUUUACCAAGUCUAUCAUAAUACAAGUUCGAUACCGAUCGAAGCCAAAUAUGUAUUUCCUCUUGAUGAUAAUUCAGCUGUAUGCGGUUUUGAAGCACAUAUUAACAAUAAAGUUAUAAAGGGCAUCGUCAAAGAGAAAGAACAAGCUAAAAAAGAAUAUCGAGAAGCAAUUGAAAAGGGUCACGGUGCUUAUUUAAUGCAUCAAGAACAAGCGCAAGUAUUCAGUGUAGCUGUUGGCAAUUUACCACCGAACCAUGAAGUCAUUAUCAAGAUAACUUAUGUUGCUGAAUUAGAAAUUGAAAAUGAUGAUAUCAUUUUUCGUCUUCCAGCCAAAAUGGCUUCAUGGCAAUCGAAACAAGCGAUUGGAAGUAAAGAUCAAUCGAUUGUACGAACCAUCGAUAUUGUAGAUGAAAAAGUCGAAUUUAGUUUCAAAGCAUCGAUUCGAAUGCCCUAUGAAAUAAUUAAAUUAUUCUCGCCAACACAUCGUCUUCGUCGAAAAUUAACCGAUUGUCUAGCCAUGAUCGAACUUGUGGAUAACGUUUUAAUUGAUCGAGAUUUCGUUCUUUCGAUAACACUCAAAAGUGCUAAUGUACCUCGAAUAUCAAACGAAACAUUGUCAUUGGAUGAUGACAGUGGAAUAACAACAACAAUAUCGAACAAUGUUGACUCUCAAGCAUGUAUGCUGACGUUUUAUCCACGAUUCGAAACAUUGACAAAUUCGUACGAACAUAUUGAAAUUAUAUUCAUUGUCGAUGUGUCGAAUUCGAUGGACGGUACUCAUGUACAACAAGCUAAACAGUUAGCACAUUUGUUUCUUACGAAUAUGAAAGCAGGCGACAUCAAUACAUAUUUUAAUGUAGUUACUUUUGGAUCAGAUAAUGAUGAAUGUUUUCCUAUUUCAACAUCAGCUACAAAAGAAAAUCUUGAUAAAGCUAAACACUUUGUUCUGCAUUCACUUGUUCAUCGUGGUAAUACAGAUCUAUUUGCUGUUCUUUACCGUUAUUCAUUGCUACCAUCAUCAAACUCUGGUCGACAAUUUAUUAUUCUCUCUGAUGGACAUAUUCAUGAUCUCCAAUCGAUUCUUGUUUUACUCGAACAUCAAUCAACUAUGCGUCUGGAUCGUAUAUUUGCCUGUUCAAUUGGUAAUGUUGCUAACAAACAUGGUUUAAAACAAUUAGCGAAUGGAACAAGCGGAGGUGGUCUAACAACCGUAUUCGAUUCGAACUAUCGAUCGAAAUGGAAAACAAAAGUAUUAAAUAUUCUCGAACAAGUUCGACAACCAUGUGUUACAAGUGUAUCAAUUGAUUGGCAUGGCAGUUUAGACGAACAACAAAAAUUUAAUAUGCAAGCACCGAAAAUAAUUCGAUCAUUGUUUAAUGGAAUGCGACUUAACAUCUAUCGGUUUAUACAAAAUUGUCAUAAGGCCACAUUAACAGCUACUAUCAAUGAACAACAAUAUGUUACGACUGUAUUUAGUAGUGCAAUGACAACGACCAAAGGACGUAUUCUACACUGUUUAACCGCUCGAGCAAUUAUCAAUGAUUAUGAUAAUGGGUUAUUGCAUGUAGACGAGAGCGAAAACGAACUGAUGAAAGUUCAAUAUAAGCAAGAUCUCAUUGAUCUAAGCAUCAAACAUUCAGUCGUUAGUGCAUACACUAGUUUUGUUGCUAUCGAAGAACGUGAUGCUAAAACAGAUGCAAAAACUCUUCAACCAGCCGUUCGUCUUCUUGAUGUUAUGCUUGAUCGAGAUGUUGACUUAUUACCAUACAUGGGAUGGGAUGGUGAUGUAUCAAAUUUGGAUACAAUCAAACAGAAAUUAAUCGAUGCACGUAUUUCACUCGAAAGUGCAUCAAUUCAAAGCAAAAAAGCAUCCGUGGUCAAUAUUGAAAAACUUUGUGAAAAAAUUUCCUAUCGAGCAGGUGGCGAUGCCAAAUUUGAUAUGAUGAUGACUAUCAUACGUAUAUAUCGUUAUGCAUUGAAUGAGCAUGAAAAAGCAAAUGAAAUCGAAGAUCAAAUGCGAAAUGAUCUUAAGGCUGAAAUGAUUAAUGCAACGACAGAAGAACGACAAGCAUUACAACAACGAUGUCAAGAUAACAAUUUGAUAAUUAUAAGUGAUGAAGACGAAUCAUCAGUUGACUACGAUGAUAAGAAAUGUGUACCGAAUGCCACUGACGUACCCUCUACACCAUCAUCAUUAUCAUCAUCAUCAUCAUCAUCGUCGUUACGAGUACUUGCAAAAGAGAUGAAAUGUAAAGGUAACGUAUGA